AUGUUACUUCAAAUAUUCUUGCCGACUUUUUUUGAGAACGAAGAAUAUGAAGAUUUCCAAGCUCCAACUGGCUUUCGUCCACCUCUCCCCACUAUAACUAAGGAACAACGCGAUAUCAAAGAAGCGACAAGAUUAUCUUUACAAAUGCGACGUAUCGCUGAGUCCGAUGAUGAUUUUCAAGAACCAAUUGCUCCUCAACCUCGUACUGCUCGCACAGCACACUCAGCUACUGCUCCUGUACAGGCUUCUACUCAAUCUUCAGGAAUGAUACAAGAGUUUGAGAAAGUUGUUAGUCUCACUCCAAGUGCACUUAGUGAAUCCUCUAGUACUCCAGUGCAUCUGUCUGAGAAAGUUAAAAUGAAACAAGCGCGUUCCGAAGUCAAGAGGAAGGCUCGACAGGAAUCUUCUACCACUGAAUUUAGGGUUGCAACGGCAGAGACUGAAGCCAUUGGUCCAAGAGCUAGAAGAACAAAGUUUGUCAUCAAAACCAAAUUGAAAGCUAUGCUGAGGGCUGAAAACUUCAAUCAAGUCCAAAGAACAUUAUUUGUAACGGAGGUCCAUCGCGUUGUUCAUCAUCUCAGCGAUGUUACUUUUGCAGCUUCAUUAUUUCUGAACUGGUUCUGUCUGAGACUUUUGAAGAACGGCGAGGCUAUACCAAUAAUAAAAACGACAUUGAAUGCUAAAUCAUCAAAAUUACUGAAUUGCCCUAACUGGUUCAAAAAUAACGAUGAAAAGUAA